AUGUCCCUGUUGGCAUUUUGUGGAAGUACAGCAGCCUUCAUUGUCGCUUUUAAACGCGUGGAAUGGGGCACCUGGAUGACAAAUGACUAUUUGAGUUACUGGAACUACGGAUACAAGGCAAUUGAAAUCUUCUUUGCCGGAGUAUACAUCACAUUUCUAGGUCAAGUGCUUACGCGAAGAGCCUUUUCAAAAACUUCAAAAGCCUUCAACAUUGCUGAGAUGACCAUGCGGAAUUGGGUCAUCCAGCCUGGCUCGGUUGCAUCCCAUUACGAAGGCAUCCCGCAUGCUGGGAUGUCACUCUUGGGUGGCAUCACCAUGCUCGCUACUCUUAGCGCUCUUUUCUAUACUUCAGCUUGCAAUUCUUUGAUUACGCCCCAGAUACUUUGGACAUCCUGGAAGGACAACCAAACCAUCUCUACGUAUGCGAGGACAGCAUAUGCCAACAUCAAUUACAUCAAGUCAACAUGUCCUGCUAUUGAUAGCGCUGUCAAUGAUAAGGAAUACUCCUCCUCCUGUAUCAUCAUGAGAGUUAAUGGAGAGUCGUACCGCACGCUUCUUGCCUACCUGGGCGAUUGGCAAAACGAGAAGUACCCUGCGGGAUAUCAGCGGCCAGGUGCGAGAAGCAUCAUCAUGGGAAACACCACCUUGUCAUCGACUUGGGUCAAUGAUGGCCAUCCGAUCGUUACGGAAGUAGAUGGCCGGGUUAUCAACAAUGUCACAUUGGCCAUGCCUCACGCUGGACUUUCCAUCUUGUAUUCUCACGCCUAUAGUACCUCGGAAGACAUCCGACAGCCUGGUGAUCAGACUGGAUUCAACGAAUAUGACCUAGGGGCCAGCAUUGUUGCCCCGUCUAUCAAUGUCUUGUGUGCUACCGCCCAAGAGUCCGAAGUCAAGCCGCUGCUAGGUCAAAAAGACGACAAAGCCAAGGAAUCCCCGCUGGAUGAUGUGUUUCAUUGGGGAAAGAAAUACAAUGGUCGUUAUCGACCAACUUUUGAAGUCUUGGCACCCGACUAUCAGUUCGUCACGGACCCGCGAGACACCAUUCCAAGAGCUGAUUCAGUCUACACCAUGGGCAAGUCUGGCGGAAGUGACGACUAUACAGUCUGUCAGCUUCGGUCGGUACUCACAACCGACUGCAUCACGCGCUUCCAAGUGUCAAGCUUUUCUGGCAAUAUGUCGGCAUUUUGUGGCGCAAACGUGAGGGGGCUAGACCAGAAGUCUUACAAGGAGGUAUAUUCCUUGGAAGAAGAUCAUUUUGAUAUUUCGGGGUGGCGGGACCUCGCUGUACAGUGGAACAUAGCCUUGGGCCUCAAUAACGGCGUCAUCAAUGCAAGCUCUGCAAAUGUCCGUCUUUUGAGUGGCUUGAUUCUCUCAAAACCCGAGCUCCAUGAGAACCUGCCUUCCUUGGCAGAAACUCUGGCUGUUUUCGCCAGUCCGCUUCUCGUCGACAGCUCACUUGGCUCAACCUUCUUUCACGACUGGCGCCACGGAGAUGUCAACGACACAUGGCCGGUCCCGGGAGCACCAGAAGAUAUAAUCACCAAGUAUCGUUAUCAAAGUUAUAGAUCCGGCUUGGCUGACGGGAAAACCACCCCUGGACAGGUCUUCUCCUUUGCCGUCUUGUUAACAGUAGUCAUCAUGAGCCUUAUGUGUUUAUGUCAUCAUCUCUCGCGCAUGGGCAUGGUGACGGAUUUUACGGAACCGCAGAAUCUGUUCACGCUUGCCAUCAAUUCUCCUCCCAGUCAGGAGUUGCAGGGUGCUUGCGGUCGUGGGCCAAAUUACAAAGAUCUUGGAGUAUCUUUUAGAGUAGGAUACGCCGACACAGCAAAUCAUUAUUACUUUGAGGAUGCGCGAGAUGCGCCAACCCGCGCAGUCGCAAAGCGAUUAUCGCGUUUCACUGCCAUGUCUGGGAGUGGCCAGUCUAAUCUGCUAGCUGACAGAGCGUACGCCGAAAGUUAUAAGAGAUUGAGUGCCAAGAGCCCUUUGCUAUAG